AUGGCCUUCGUGACCUUCUGCGGGCUGAGGACGGGGGACCUGAGGCUGAUCGCUAGGACUGUGCUGCCGAAAAUUUUCUUGGAGAACCUCCAUCUGCAUGCAUGCGAGGUGCUGAAAGGGAGGCGAGCUGUUGUGCUCACCACCUUGCCGAGGCUCAUGGUGGAGGGAUUCUUGAAGGAGUACUUAGAGGUGGGGGAGGUGGUGGGGGCGGAGCUGCAGGUGGUGAAGGGCUGCUACUUCACGGGGGUCAUCUCUUGGCCUGACAAACAGAGAGCUCUCAGGGACAUGGUCAAGGCCGGUGUGGCCAUUGUGAACCUCUCCAACGUCCACCACCACCAACUCUCGGCCAAGAAAAUUUAUGUCGUGAGAGAGGAGGAAUCAAGGAGUGAGAGCAGCAAAAUGCCGAGAAACAAGUACCCGAAGCCACUUGUGUUCCAUGACGGAAGACUGGCUUUUCUCCCGACGCCAUGCAAGAUGAUGGCGUUCUUCAUGUGGAUACCCGUGGCAAUCCCUUUGGCCGUGUUCAGGAUCGCGAUGGGGAUCGUUUUCCCUUAUAAAAUAUCCAUCUUCAUCGCCGCCGUCACCGGAAUCCGAUUCCGGAGGGCCGGAGAUGGGAAAGCGAACGGGGAGAAGAAGGGGGUGGUGUACGUGUGCAUGCACCGGACGCUGUUGGACCCGGUGAUGCUGUGCUCGGCGCUGGAUAGGGGACGAGACGCGGCGACGAUGCGGCGGCUGUUGGCGGUGGAGGGGGGUCUGGCGGUGUGCCCAGAGGGGACGACGUGCCGGGAGCCGUACCUGCUGCGGUUCAGCCCGCUGUUCGCGGAGGUGGCGGAGGAGGUGGUGCCGGUGGCUCUGGACGCGCGGGUGGGAAUGCUGCAGAGACAGAUUUAA